AUGGAGCUAACCACUCUCCCUGGAGACCAUGUCGAGGAAGAAGUGACGGUUGUAGAUCUUGAUGUGGGAACUUUAAACAGCGGCAAGACGUUCAGACUCACCGACGUAAUCUCCCGUGAGAAACUGAAUGUGAGCUUAGACAACGGUGUGACUUCAUCAGAUAUCAGACAUAUGCUACAUCUGAGAGACGUCACCCUGGUGAAUGUGGACGUUUACCAAGUGGAUUUAAUAAUCGGCUCCGAUCAUGCACACCUUCUUAUCGACGUAGAGACUCGUUCUGGUAAGGAAGGGGAGCCAAUUGCAACAAGAACUCCACUAGGAUGGGCUAUGUUCGGCCCUACCAAGAAAUUUAAACCCAAGAAAGCUAGCACUUACUUUGCCAACUCAACAUUGUCCCUGGAGAAACAGGUGGAGAGAUUCUGGAAGUUAGAUGACCCGUUGUACAAAGAAGAGACUGAUUUGUCUGUGAGUGACAGUAAAGUUAUAUCUCAGUGGGAAAGCUCAAUCCGACGUGAGGGUCCACAUUACUCACUGUGGAUCCCAUUUAAGCAGAGACCGCCUCAGAUGCUAAACAACUACAGCAUGGCUAAGCACAGGCUUGAUUUGCUUGGAAAGAGACUGUCCAAGGACUCUGAACUGCGGGAGAAGUAUGUUCAAGGGAUCCAGGAUUCUGUAGAGAAAGGGCAUGCCGAAGAGGUGCCUCGCGAGCAGCUGGCCUUGGACCAUCGUAAGGAAGCUAUCUGGUACCUGCCUCAUCACCCUGUGAUCCAUCCACGGAAGCCAGGGAAAGUCAGAGUUGUGUACGACUGUUCUGCCCCUUACCAGGGAGUUUUGCUCAACGUUCUGAUCCGUCAGGGACCUGAUCUUAUGAACAAACUGAUCGCCGUGAUGCUCAGAUUUAGACAGGGAACCUAUAGCAUUUAUGUCAGAUAUCGAGGGAAUGUUUAUGCAGGUGAAGGUGCACCCCGAGGACCGGGACUGUCUACGUUUCCUUUAGUGGGAGGGCGGCGACAUCACCAAACAAUCCAAGACCUACAGAAUGACUUUGACGUAAAAACUGUGCAGACUGUGGACAAGAAUUUUUACGUCGAUGACUGCUUAAAGUCCGUUGUCUCGAAAGAAGAGGCGAUGAGACUGAUAAAGCAGCUGUGUGAGCUUCUCUCACUGCGAGGAUUCGGACUCACCAAGUUUAUCAGUAACUCACGCAGAGUUAUGAUGUCACUACCACAGACGGAGUGGGUUAAGAGAGAGCCCUCGGUGUGCUGUGGAGAGUAG